GGCCCCUAUUGGCCCCUAUUCCCACUUUUUCCUUGCUUUGAUGCUAAUCAUGGCGUAAGCUGCUCAGCCGCAUAGGUAUUACGACGCUACCUACUUAAAUUUCCGGGUUGUUGACUUCAAGCCGGCCGAACUGUUAUCCUAACUGCGUCUUCGGUCGAGGGUAAUUGAGCUGGUUUAUUUUUGGUCGGAUUCUUGGCGCGAGCCUGAUACCCGGAUGACCACCGAGCACUGCCGUCAGACUCCGACUCCAAAACCCAACUACGACGUCUUGAUUGACUUAACCACAUCGAGGCCAAGUGAGGAUGAGAAAGGGUCAGGUGCAAGACCCCAGCGUCGGUAAAUGAACUUUGAGGUGUGAGAGGGCGAACACGGUGGAAGAGUAAGAGUAAGCUUCUUGGGUUAGGAGAAAGAAAGUGGCUUGGGUUAGGUGCUGUUUGUUGGCAAUAAGAUGUUGUCCGCAAAUACAAUGGAAAUGGGAGAGAAAAUCGGAAGGGCUUUGCUCUAAUAAAUGGCAAACAAAGAGCUUGUCUAGAUUACAAUGUCGUCGUUAAGCGAUGAUAAUAGGGUUGAUGAACUUUGAUGAGACUAGACUCCGCUGUCAAUCAUAUACCUGGGACAAAGCGGCAUCGUAUAUAUAUUCAUGACGUACCUGCUUAUCAUGAGUUGCCUCCUAAGAGAUCACGCCAAUCCAUAUUACCGGAUUCCAUGUUAUAUCUUGGUACUGUAUUUCAUUGAAAGAUGUGUCUCGAGAUCUACGUCCAUAACACCACCCCUGAACAUGACACCCGCCAUCAAAGCACUCUAAAUCCUGUCACGGGCUAUACAGUUUACAGCCCGUGGCAGGAACCACAUAGUAUGUUAUGCGAGUAUCCUCAUAUCACAGAGAAAAUUGAUAUAAAUCAGCAUUGUCCUUGGCAUCCUGGAUGCUGCCGUCUUGAGCAUCAUCACUGGUGCUGGUCGAACAAUUGUAGUAUGUGGUCUAAGUAUCACCACUUUGUUGAUGAACAAAAUGGCGAGACUAAGGACAUCUCAUUUCUAAAUAUAUACAUGAGCCAUAAUCCGACUCAUCUGCUUAUUGCGGGGUGGCUAUUCAAAGCCGGCGCCGAGCUGAGAUCAUCUAAUCACCAUCUGAGCAAUUCGCCCAUUAUUAUAGAAGGAUCCUCGUACGCUGCCGGACUAGCAAAUGCCGAGUGGUUGCGUACGCGACUAUACGAAAUUGCGACUAUGGCAAAGGAAUGCCUUGCUCAGUUCGCUAUACUCUGGGAUCUGAAUUCGGGUCCCGGCGCGCUUCCCCCGCGUCCCGGCUUCGAAGCAGACCCGAGGCUCAACGAAUAUGUAUCGAGGGUCUUGUGUCUGCGAGUCGCUGAUAGUGGGCCGUUUUUAGACGUCAGUCCGGUCUCGUGGCCACAUAACACACCGCUUUGGGACAAGUUUCGAGCCGGAGUCGUCCCGUUACGUGACGAUCCAUAUAGUGUUCCGUGGAUUGCAGGAGCAAGCAGGGUCGAGUCGGACCCAGGCUUCAUGUCCGCUACGGUCCCGAAUUCAAAUGGUGUUUUUCCACCGGAACAGCAUCCACCUGAGAUGAUAUAUAAUCCUGCAACUCCUAUGCCAGAGGCAAAUAUAAGCACCAGCCCUAUCCCUGAUAGUGUUGGAAAUAACAUUGAGCUGAACAAAGGAGACGAUGUGCACAAUGUUGAGGCCAUAGUAGGCCACGAUCCUCCCCACGUGGUACGUCGCGCCGUACGAUGGUACAAGGUUCGCUGGGAAGGAGACUGGGAAGAAGAUAAAGAGACAUGGGAGCGUGACAUUCAUAUUUCUCCUAAGCUUAUUGACGCAUACUGGGAGAAGUUUGAUGCGGAAAACCCGCGAUACUAUUUACGAAGUAAGGGGUCAUCGUAA